GAUGGCCGUCGGCACAAACACGGGUGGCAGUUGACGAACACAAAAUCCUUGGUUUCCAAGGAUUAAUAUUUUGAUUGAUUUACAGUAUUUAACAAAACGUAUUUUUGUUGUUUAAUAAACUAUACAGCAUGGCCAGACCAUCGGUAGAAACGGAUACUGGGUCGUCGCGCCUCUACUCGAUGGUCAGAAACAUCAAAUGGGAAUAUUUGGUGGCUGGAAUCUCUGGUGGGGUGGUUUCCACGCUGGUACUUCAUCCUCUGGACUUGGUUAAAAUCAGAUUUCAAGUAAACGAAGGUUAUGGUGUGACUAAAAGACCGAAGUACAAUGGAAUUGUCCAUGCAUUGCGCAGUAUAGCUAGAAGUGAUGGUUUUGUGGGCCUCUAUCAGGGAGUCACACCCAACAUCUGGGGUGCUGGCAUGUCCUGGGGAUUGUACUUCUUCUUCUACAACUCCAUCAAAACUAAGAUGAAUGAGGGAGACUCCAAGCGCAACCUGGGACCUGGCUGUCACAUCAUGGCAGCCACUGGCGCAGGAUUCACCACCCUGGUGUUGACUAACCCUAUCUGGGUGACCAAGACCCGCCUGUGCCUGCAGUAUGACAAGCCAGGUGCACCCACGUCCAGUGUGCACUACAAGGGAAUGGCCGAUGCCCUUUUCAAGAUCUAUAAGUUUGAGGGCAUUAGGGGUCUUUACAAGGGCUUUGUGCCUGGUGUGUUUGGGAUCUCCCAUGGUGCUCUUCAGUUCAUGGCCUAUGAGGAGAUGAAGACAGUAUACAACACUUACAGGAAUCAAGCCAACGACACGCGACUGGGCUCUGCUGAAUAUGUUGUAUUUGCUGCCUUGUCUAAGAUGUUUGCUGCUUCAACUACAUAUCCCUACCAAGUCCUCCGGUCUCGCAUACAGGACCAGCACAGAGAGUAUGGAGGCAUACGAGAUAUAAUCCGACAGAUAUUCAAAUACGAGGGCGUGUAUGGGUUCUACAAAGGUCUGGCUCCAAGCCUGUUACGAGUGACGCCAGCAUGUGCCAUCACAUUUGUGGUAUAUGAGAACAUGGUCACUAUGCUGAUCAAACCGUCCUAGCCCCAGCACAAGCAGCACCUGUAGCAGCGUGGAUGAGUGGUGGAUACGAAGGUCAUGCUGCAUGGACAAAAUACUGGUUGAUUUGAGACACUCCUUGCUACAAGCUCCACAUCACGAUACAGCUGUUUAGGAUGUUGACAGUGAUGCUUGUGUAAAAGAAUGCUGAUUACUAGAGUGUAUCACUAAUAUUAUCUCAUGUUAUAUACUACCCAAAGGAAGUUAAAGAACAGUUGAUUCUUUCAUAUGACUAUAGUUAAUCUCUGCUGUCAACAGAUUAACUAUAGUAAAACAUAGGAUAGCGUCAAUAGCGGUAAUCUGACUGUGGUUGCUGUAAAUAACGGUGAGUUGUGCGAUCUACCGAUCACUUCGCAUACGGUUUCGCCGAAAUUAUUGUAAACAUUAUUAUAAUUAUUGAAUGAAAUGUCGAAUAUAAUUAAUAAAAUAUAUAGCAAACAUUAGUCUAGAUAAUCAAUGAACAUUUAUUUUAUAACCAGUUAUUAUUAUAAUUUAGGACUAAAUUGCGUAUUACAGUUCGGAUUUGAUGACUGGUAUUUCCGGUGUUACGUGAUCGCAGUGAUCAGCUGAUAACGUUUUCUGAGAUUGGGAAAACAGCGUGUCAUUGGAAAACUUGAGUUUAUUGAAAAUGUUAGUAAAUUGUGGGAGCCAUGCUUUACUGUGUGCUAUAACCGAGUUAGCGCUAUAUUGAAGAGCGCAAUAUCGCGGGAACUUUGUAGGAACGAAUCAGUGUCCUUUAACUUCUUUUUAGCAGUAUAUUGUUGACAGACAAUCAACCACGACACCUUCCUGUUGUUGGGUUUCUGUGUCAGAAGCAGGCAGGAAAAGAAACCCCAAGCUAAUCCCAUCUAAGUAUGUUAUAGUGAAAGUGUAUGGAGGUGUUAUAUUAAUGAUUUUCUAAAUUAUUGAGAUGUGUGGCAACCAGGACAUCACUGUUUUGUGUAUUUCCUUUCUUCAGUCAAAGGGGUAGCCUAGUGAGUAAAGUGUUCGCUCAUCAUGCCUGAGGCCCCGGUUCAAUUCCCUGUAUGGGUACAAAAUGUGAAGCUUACUUAUCGCGGCAUCCAUCUUGAUACAUACUGAGCAUCAUUAUUGAGGGGUCACAUAGAUAAUAAAUAUAUUAAAAAUAUCUCAUUUUCAUAUUCCAAGAGUGCAUGUUAGUUGUACUUGGAAUUAAGCAUUUUAUACCAACUUUAAAUGUUACUUAUGCAUUGCAUGUGCAUUGGGUGAACUGACUGCAGGCGUGUGUUUUGGGUAGUUUUUUCUAUCACCUUCAAUCUUGGACUUUUUAAUGUUUUUAGUAGUUGUUGUUUGCUUUCUAGUUUGUAAAGGGCAUCCAAUCAGUGACAGGCAUAAACAACCUAUUCUUCCACUGUUAAUCACGUUGUCAGUAUACUCGGACCUAUUGACGUUGUUGGCAUAUGUUCCUGGUUGACAUCCUGCAUGUCUUGGUGACCCUGCAGUAAUGAUGCUGAGUAUAAAUCCCUAUCCAAACACUCCCGUUUUCUAUUUAAUGCUACCUUUCUGGUUUUAGAACAUACUGUGCUACAUGAUAUGUUAUCCUAGAUAUGAUGCCAUCCAGUGAUGAGGAUGUUAUUUGUGGGCAUGAGAUGUAGCUUGUCAUCCUUGAGGGUGACAGGGCUUCUCCUGGAGGGUGGGGAAGAUGGUUUGUUAUCUUACUCAGAGUUAUCAUAUGUACAGCAAUAGUUUUAAUGGUAAGUUGGAGAUGAUUUUAAAUUUGUUUGGUGUGUGUGUUGAUGUCAGUAUGACUGUACAGUCCAUAGUGUACAGCAUUGUUUUGUACAGAGGGUGAGAAUGUUCCUCCACAGUAGGGAAUGAUGUACAGUCAUUUUUAGGCAUCGCCACUUUAGAUUUGUGAUAAUUAUGUUAUUUGUUAUGUCUUUCCAGUGUUGUGUGUGAUAAGCUGGACAUGAAAAUCCAUGUUUUAGAACUCCUUCUCUCAUCAUAUGAUCUCCUUUCACUAUACGUUCACAUCCGUACAUUAGGUUCAUUAGACUCUAGAUUGUGUUCCCCAUGAAGACCCAGGUUAGAAUUGGUCUUCAGCAGCCCAUGCUUGUCAUAAGAGACGGGUGGUCAGACUCGCUGACUUGGUUGAUGCAUGUCAUCGUAUCCUAAUUGCAUUAUUUGGUGCUCAUGAUGUCAUUAACUGGAUUGUGUGGCCCCGACUCGAUUAUUUACAGACUGCUCUCAUAUAGCUGGAAUGUUGGUGAGUAACAACAAACAAAAUCUAGAUUGUGUAUUGCAUCCUCAUCAUCAUGUGAUCAGGGUUCAACAAAGUGUGACGCAUGAUUGAAAGAUGACAAGUAGCUGGACAAGAUCUCUCAACAGGUGCAUUCAAAUAUCUGCAGCUACUCAUCUGUAUUAUCAUUAUCUGUUUGGGGUUCUUCUUGAAUCCACUGAUUUGUGUGUGUUGAAAGAUGUCUCAUAUUCAGUAAAAGCGACUGGGUGAUUGAAGAUGGCCUAACUGGCCUCUCCUUCCUUCUAUUCUGACCGUGCAUCUGCUUACCUAGCUACCCAUCCCCUUUGUCAGCCAUAAUGGCUCUACAUCCUUUUAGAGUUAUCCCCCUUACACUGCCUGUACAUGUAUCGUAACACAAGUUACCUCCCCUUAUACUACACUAUUGUGUAGUUCACCUUCACUGACUUCUGAAGAGAUGUUGGGUUUGGAUGAAGACAUGAUAAAUUCGGAGCCAGUAAACAUGGGUGAUCACGUGUGGUUCUUUGUUUCAGGUUGACGUGUUUGCUGCAUUGUUAUGUGAUUUUCUGAUUUGAAUGUGAAUUAUUCAGAUUGACUGAAAUAUCGGGAAGUGCCUCUGGAUGCUUGAAUUGUGUGAAUGCUAUUCAGAAAGAUGCAGUUUCUCCACUAUUUCCCGGAGAAAUAAAUAUAUUCUGAUAAUAAACUAUAAUGAAGAUGA